AUGCGUGGUGCUUGGGGAAAGCCUUACGGCACUGUCGCACGUGUGAAUAUCGGACAGAUCAUCCUGUCUAUCCGGUGCAAAGAUUCCAAUGCACACGUCAUCCAAGAAGCUCUCCGUCGUGCACGUUACAAGUUCCCUGGUCGUCAGAAGAUCAUUGUCUCGAAGAAGUGGGGAUUUACAAAUGUGGCUCGUGAGGAGUAUAUGAGACUCAAGGAAGAGAAGAGGGUGUUGCAGGAUGGUGCUUAUGUACAAUUCAUCCGCCCGAGGGGACCUUUGGAAGCGAACCUCCGAGCACAACUCAAGGCGUGA